AUGAUUCGCGCAAUAGUGGGCAGCACACUCGUGUCAAUGGCGUUGGGCCAAUUCCUCACACCACCGACGACACUGACACAAACCAUGGGGGCCGCAGGGAUCCCAGUCCGCUACAAGCAAGUACCAGCCGGAAUCUGCGAGCUCGACCCUGACGUCAAGAGCUACUCCGGAUACAGCGACGUAGGGGAGGAUCAGCAUAUCUUCUGGUGGUUCUUCGAAGCUCGCAAUCAGAAUCCGAGUGACGCACCUCUCACCGUCUACAUCAGUGGCGGGCCUGGGACCACGUCCAUGGUUGGCCUGUUUGAAGAGGUCGGGCCGUGCACAAUCAAUCCCGAGGGCAACGUUGUCAACAAUCCGAACUCUUGGUCUAAUGCAAGCAACCUGCUCUUCGUCGACCAGCCAAACUUCACCGGCUUCUCCUAUGGAACCCCUGUUCCGGCCUACUGGACCCCGACUGGCGACUUCACCAUGCUCCCGGGGCCAGUCUGCCCAGACUAUGCACCUCCAGGCUCAUGCGGCACGUACUCUCUGCCAAACAUCACUUCGACUGCCAACUCCACCGAGAACGCCGCUCCAGCAUUCUGGAAGACGCUGCAGGGAUUCAUGGGCGCCUUCCCCCAGUACUCGCAGAACGGGUACCACUUUGCCUCGGAGAGCUACGGAGGCCACUACGGCCCCGUGUUUAACGCCUAUAUCGAGAAGCAGAACGACCUGGCGGCCCCCGGCACCCUGCACAUCGAUGUCAAAUCCGUGCUCAUCGGCAACGGGUGGUACGACCCGGUGAUCCACUACCAGGCAUACUACAACUUCACCGUGUGGCCGGGGAACACGUACGACUACGCGCCCUUCAACGCCUCGGUAGAGGCGCGGUUCUACAACGCCCUCUACGGCCCGGGCAACUGCCUGGACGGGCUAGCGGAGUGCAAGCGCACGGGGGACGACGCGGUGUGCAAGCAUGCGGACGCGUUCUGCUACAACAACGUCGAGCGUAUCCUCGGCGACGUCGCGGGGCGGGACGAGUACGACAUGCGCGAGCUCGUGCCAGACCCGUUCCCGCACGGAUACUGGCAGAGCUACAUCAACACGCCCAAGGUGCAGGAGACGCUGGGCGUCUUUGUCAACUCUACCGGCAAGAGCCCCAGGCUCGUCCUCGAGGCGUUCACCAACACCGGAGACGACGGGCGGGACGUCGGCGCCAUCGAGGCCCUGCGGUUCCUGGUGGGACGCAACAUCACGGUCGCCCUGUACGCCGGCGAUGCAGAUUACAACUGCAACUGGCUCGGCGGGGAGGUCGUUGCUGACAAGGUGGGCGCGCCGGGGUUUGCGGGCGCGGGCUACGUCGAUGUCGUUACCAGUGACGGUGUCAUGCACGCGCAGACCAAGCAGGCGGGCAGCUUCAGCUUCACCAGGGUGUUUCUGGCUGGCCAUGAGGUGCCUUUCUACCAGCCACUCACGGCGUUCGAAAUGUUUGCACGGGUGAUUGGCGCGAAGGAUGUUGCCACGGGACGGGUGGAUGUGGAUCCUGCGUAUAGAACCAUCGGCCCGGCGAAGUCGACGUAUCGCGAGGGGAAUGCUACUGUGCAGUGGGAGGUCGUGCCGGAGAAUGCUACGUAUGACGUUGUCACGGGACAGCCGGGACCUGCAUGGGGUUCCUUGAAGUUCCACCGAGGACGCAGUGUCUGA